UAGGCGUUUAUUUUAGUCAUAGCAGUGGUAGGCAUGUCCUGGCGGAAUCUCAUUAAUAUUAAAACCGGGAACUAGUUAAAUGGAUCUGAUUUCAUUUUUUUCCUAUUGUGGUGCAUGAAUUUAUCUUCAACGUGCUCCGGCUGGCGUUGGAAGUAGUUCCGGUGGUUUAGCAGCCGAGCGGAGCACUGAGACCCGGGAUCUUUGCGUUGAUGAGCGCAAAUGCGAAUAGCGGGUCGAGUCCUCCAGUCUUGACUUGUCGACUGACCACAGCAGCGGUCAGUUUGACGCCUGCAGAGCGCCGUGCGCACGCAGCCAGAGUGACAGCGCAAAGGCACCACAGGAGCUUUUUUUUAUGUGUGUGUCUGUCUUCGAAGGGGAUUUUCAAGUGCAGAACAGCGUCUGGAGCUGCUUGAAGCAGAGUGCACAAAUUGAGCCGGUUCUCGUAUUCGCGUGCGACGGCUGCCCAUGAAGACACCAUAGCUUUAACAUCAAAGCAGCGGCCAUUACAGAGGCUAAAUGAAGAUCUUGUGAACAUGCACGAGGGACGAGCUCUACCUUUCACUUCGGUGACUUCCUCAGAUGCUGUGGCCCAAAGAAAGAUGGAAAGGAAUGGGAAGAGCUUGAGCCAAGACUGCUGCACAGAACCCAUUCAGUGAGCCAACAGGAGAUCCUCCAUACGCCAAGUCCCUGAGCCGUGCAUCUUCCCUUUUGACCCCUGACCCCUGACAAAGCAAACACUAUGACCUCUGAGCUGGAGAGCAGCCUUACUUCAAUGGACUGGCUUCCCCAGCUCGGCAUGAGGGCAGCCAUUCAGAAGGCCGACACGGGACACCACCAUGGCCACCACCACCACGGGCACCACCACCACCACGGGCACCAUCACGGGCACGGACCUGGCAAGAAAAUGGUACAUUUGGACCCAGGAACCACACUGGACCAAGAGGAAGCAGCACAGCACAGAGAUGGUAAACCGCCCUACAGCUACGCCAGCCUCAUCACCUUUGCUAUCAACGGCUCACCGCGCAAACGGAUGACCCUCAGCGAGAUCUACCAGUGGAUCUGCGACAACUUCCCUUACUACAGAGAGGCAGGCAGCGGAUGGAAGAAUUCUAUACGACACAACUUGUCCUUGAACAAGUGUUUUCUCAAAGUGCCUCGCUCCAAAGACGACCCUGGAAAAGGUUCCUACUGGGCCAUAGACACCAAUCCUAAAGAAGACACGGUACCCAGCAGGCCAAAGAAGAGACCACGCUCUGGAGAACGAGCAUCGACCCCUUACAGCCUGGAGUCCGAGUCUCUGAGGAUGGACUGCAUCAUGUCAGGAGGGGCAUCUCCCACUCUGGCCAUCAAUGCUGUGACCAACAAGGUAGCGCUGUACAACCAUGAAGCAGAAGGCAGCGAGAGUCCUGGGAGCCUGGGCGGCAGCCUUAGCAACAGCCUUUCAGAGCAAAGUUUGGCGUCCGUCAACCUCAACAACCGGAGCACCGCGGUCAGCAGUGGCAGCAACGUGCACGGAUACACACCAGUGAGCAGCCACUCGGAACCUUCGUCCCAGUCCUUGAGCCUCCAGCAGCCCGCCCAACCUCCGCCGCCGCCUCCUCCUCCUCCCCCGCAGCCCCAGUACGGUUUACCUGUCCCCGAGUCACGGGACAAGCAGCUCUGCUUCUCAGACUUCGAGGACCUCAGCUCUUCGUUCCGCAGCCUUUACAAGUGCGUCUUCGAGCAGUCCUUCUCGCAGCAAGCAGGUUUGAUGAGUAUGCCCGGUGACUCGGGUCAACAGGCCCGCACCGCCUGCUCCUACCAGCACUCUCCUGGUGGGGGAAGCGGCAGCGGCCACCACCACCAACACAACCAUGGCCAGACAUCGCACCACCCUCACCACUCUCACGUCUCCCCUCACUCCACCCACGGUCAGCACCAACAGCACUCUGGUCACUCUCAGCAGCACUCGUCUCUCUCCCACCAGCAGAGUCACGCUGUGCAGGCCUGCCCCACAACAGUCAUGUCAUCAGACUGGUACCCCAACCUGGACUGGCUGAAGGAGAGCUGCCGCAUCGCUACCAGCUACAACUGGGCUGACGUAGACCUCUCCCCAUUCCAAGGUCUGAAGGAGAGCAUGCGACAGGCGGAGCUCAGCAACUGGUCUCUUGAUGCUGCCCAGAUGGCUGACCUGUGUUCCUCCAUUAACCAAUUCUUCAUGGCGACGGGGGUCAUCCCCCCUCAGGGCGCCACCCACCCACAACCUCAGGUCCAACAUCCAGCGCCGCCGUCCGCUCCUCAGCACCCGGCUCAGCCGCACGGGGCCAUGCAUCCAAAGCCCAGCCAUCACAAUCAGCAUGGGCAACACAACCCACAUAAUCAACACAUCAGCACAGGGAACAUGUACAUGGACUCGAGACAAAACCUUUCUUCUCUGAUGGGCCCACCAGGAUAUCCUCACAUGCCUCCCAUGAGCAACACUGCUCCCACCAUGACAGGUGACUCUCCCAUCGCUCUCUUAACAGGUCAUCACAGCCAGCUGAGCCAGCAGCAACACACGCUGCCUCCGGGACACUUUCAGGUGAGGCGCAUGCUCGCUGCCGACGACAUCCAGGAUGAUUUUGACUGGGACUCCAUCGUCUAGACUGAGCCGUCAGUCAAAGGGAGCGACGAAGGAAAAGACUUGAAAUUAAUAAGGAGAUGCAGGCAAAGUGUGAUGAUAGUGACAUAAGGUACGAAACUGACUGACCUGCUCCUUUCGCCUGUGUAACAAAACAGAAGACAAUCCAACAGAAAACAAGAUGGGAAGUGAUUUUUCUAAACACGCUGGCCUUUUUUUUUCUGAUAAAAGCGGUCUAUUAAAUCUAAAGACAAUCAUGGAAAAAUGGAGAUGGGACAGACUGAGACUGUGUCGAACGAAGCCAAGACGUAAACACGUUUCGUCCAAAGCGACAACGCUCCGAAUUGUCUCUCGUUGUGUCCCCGUUGUGCCAACAGGGUUGCAAGUCGCCAAAGUGUUGUCAGUUCUUCUUUGAAUUGCUUUCUUUCUCUUAAAUGUGCAUCCCGCUGCAGCUCGUGUCCCGUGAACUACAACGUUUCCCAGCCUGUGACUGGAAUGAACAAAAAAGAUGUCCUCUCCCCAAACUGUCUUAAGAAAACCAUCAAAUUUGUUUUAUUUUUUGCACACACUGAGCAAAUCCAGACAUUUCAUCCUUUCUUCACUGUAGCAUUGCUUUGCUCGUUGUUACUUUACAUAUGUGGUGAGAAGGAUAAUAGUUUGGGGACAAAAUUAAGGACGUUUCAACCUAAAUCAUGAGUCGGGGCACCACCUGCUGGUUAAAACAGGUAUUUUUAGCUUCUAUCCAUCUAUCACAAAUUGUUCCUCCUCUAUCUUUUUUCUGUCAUACAGGACACUAGCUGUAAACUUCUUCUGCCUAUUUUAUCGCAAACUUGUCAUCAGUAUGCGCUUUCAACAGCAGGUUAGUGUGUCAUGUUCUCAGGGUGUUAUGUCCACAUAUGUCUUCGCACCUCUGCCCUUUACAUCUCCUAAAUGUGAGGUUAACUGUGUGUCGUGUAGUGCUGUCAGUGUUCAAAUCCUGUUGGCUAAAUGUUAGCGUUGCCCAGGACUCUGGUCAAAUGGAUAAAAGUCUUCAUUUGUCAGCUGUAAUAAGCUGAGUAACAGAAUGAGCCUUUUAGUCGAGCCAAUAUACGUCACUGAUCAAAAAGAAAAUCAGACCGUCGCGUGACUCAGCAUUAACUUAUAUAGUUUUCAGAGAUAAAACUGAAGGGGAGGCAAAAGCGCACAUCAUUUAUGACCCUGCGGAUCAGCUCGGUCUUGAUUUCUAACAUGCCUCAUUUGGGAAAAGGCGAGCAGUUUUUUGCACAGCAACAAGUUUGAUAGCAUCUAGACUAAAAUAAAUGAUAACCGGGAGAAUUUUAAUGCUUUGUCUAAGUAAAGAUCAAACAAGAUGCUCAACAUCAUUUGUUUUGUUUUGCUUUUGUUGUUAAUGUUAAUUUUGUGUAUGUACAGGUGUGUGUAUAGUCCUCUCCAGUUUCCUUUAGCUUUAUAUGGCUCAAAAAAAAGAAAAGAAAGAAAACACACAUGGGAAACAAGUGAAUUUCAUUGUAUUCACACUUUAAGGUCUCCUAUUUUCCACGGUGAAAUAUUAGACCUUAAAGUGCUUUUUUUUGCUUUUUUUUUGCUCUUUUGGAAGAUCUCAGUGAUCGUUCAGGUGGUCUAAACAAGGUAAUGUUUAAAAAAAAACACAAAAAACAAGAUAAAUACUCUUUAUUAUUGCCAUUAAAUGCUGUAUUACCGUGACCAGCAUAUAUAUAUAUAUAUAUAUAUAUCUUGUAUGUCUGCGUGUAAUUGUCCUUGUAAAUAACAGUAUGUCACUUCUCUGUUUGCCCUGGAAAAAUGCAGACUGAAAAAAAAGAAGGAAAUGGCAAAUGGAGAUGGGUAUUUUGUUAUUUCUCUUCCAGGAGAAACAUUAUGUACAUAGCUUGAGUAUAAUGUAAAUAGGUGAUUUAAAGAAGGAAAAAAAAACGUUGGCAUUUUUGUGUGUCAUAAGUAACCUGUGUAUGUAUGGCGGUUCAGCGGUUGAAAUCUGUUUAUGUGUUUAUUAAAAUGUCAUUGACCAUUUUUACUGCAAUAACCUUGCAUCUGCUACCGUUAUUUUAUCAGCUGUUUGCAUGUUUGAAAUCUUGAAAUAAUGCUGUGUGCAUGUUGCUGUGCUGUGCAGGAAGAUGUGACAGUGGCUUCUGAGUUUUUAGUUUGAGCCUAUUUGUGCUGUUUUGGCCCUCGCAGCUUGUUGUCCAACAGGUGUCAGCCUAGCGCCGGGCGACCGUUUGUUUGCCCUCCUCUGCAUGUAAACUAGGCAGACCACCCAUGCUUGCCUGCGACACACCGUCACACAGUGUUCUAACUGUAUUUAUGGCCUCUUUUCAUUGGAAAGCGGUCCAGAAAGCGCUCUUUCCUCCCGCUGUCUAUCAGCCACCCAUGUACACUGCCACUUUCUUUAUAAAUAGAGCAAAACUGAUGUUUUAGAAGAUCAGCACAAAUGAAUUCCAGGUGUUUGCUCAUAUUUAUUUAAAUCCUUUUAAAUAUUUGACAGGUAGUAUCUAGUCAAUCCAAAGAUUUGGCUCCUAACUCCUGUGAUUAAGGAUUAUUUGAAACAACCCAAACCUCUGUUUACAUCUCUUCCAUUCAUUCAUGUGGAAAGUUUGUUGCUUUAGCUUUCUAAUUGUAAAAGACAGCCGGUUGCAGUUUAGUGUGCCUGUCUUGUCUAGAUAAAUAAGUGUGUAUUUAUCUGUAUCACCUAGUGCAUGUGUUGGCAUGUGUGAGUGUGUGCAUGCUGCUGAUAUUGCAGGGUUUGCAAACAGGAGUACUGCUGGCUGUGGACCAAGAGGAGGUUUACAUGGGGCUGGGCCACGAGGGCUCAAACCACCUUACUGCCCCUAUCCAGACACCCUCCUCCCAAUCCAACCUGCCCCUUGCUCCUCAGCCCGCCCAGCCCACCGCCACCACAACCAGUACCAGCACCCCUCCUCCACUCUCAGCCACUCACAUGCACCCUCUUUUCUCUCUCCUUCCUGCCGUGUGCCAUUCCUCCCUCUCUCUCUCUCUCUGCACUCACCCAAAGUGGCCAGAUCUCUCCUCUCUUUCUCUUGUCCUGUCUGCAUCCCUCCACCACUCUUUCUUUCUCUUCCUCCACGCCGACCAGCCCGAGUCUGUUCACAUUCACCUCCACAAGUUGAAAGGAUCUCAGCCCACCGCUUUCCCAAACUUCCUCCGGCCAAAGACUUUAUUUUCAUUCUUGACCUUUUUUGGGUCCCUCAACAUUUUACUACCGUAGACGCCGGUUGGUGUGUGUUAGGUCUCCGGUGUUGUGCCCCUGGGGACGUCUCUGUGGGUUUUGACUGGCGAGAAGAGCGGAGAAGAGUUUUUUUUGACACAAUGAAAGUUCAGCUGCUGCUCCUGUCGGCCCUUGUUGGCCUUUUGUGCGCCUUCACAAGUGCAAAUCCAAUUACAGACCCUACAGAACUUCACUCUUCAUCUGUGGUCAUUACAGAAGGAGAAGACACACCUGGUGUUGCUUUAAAGGCUAAUUCUACCACUGUUGUCACCGGUCAUCCUCCAUCUGUACCAACUACGGCCCAUUUCGAAAUUACAACACACGUUUUCAAUGACCAUAUGAGUGUGCCUGUGCCUACAACUGAAGCCCUAGUCAAUGAAACAGAAGCUCCCAAUACACCUACCCAAUACGCUGAAUAUACGUCUGAGGAGACCACAUCGUCCACUGAGCAAGUACUCAGUGAGUCCCAAACAGACGACCUCACUGAGACAAUGGGCCCUACUGGGACAGUGAUCCCUGCUGACACAGAGGGCACUGCUGAGAGAGUGGGCCCUGUUGGGACAGAAACCACUGACCUGAUCAUUGAGGAGGACACAGAAGAGGCCCUGAGCUCUGGACAGAUUGUGGGCAUUGUAGUCGGCGCCCUGCUGGCAGUGGCUGUCAUCACAGCAGUGGUGAUUGUUGUCUUGAAGAGGAUGGGCGAAUACUCACCUUGAGGAAAAACCCUACAAAGCAGCGGGACCGUGCGAAGUUCUGGAAAUUCUGAACUACUGAACUGUGACGUCAUUUCUGAUUAUUAAAAACAAGCACGCGAUGCCAGAACUAAGCAAACCUAACCAGCUCUCUGGACUGUGUUAACAAAAGCGAGGGGCGAGGGGCACGGGGCACGGGGCACGGAGUGGGGAGGGUGGGGGGUUUAUUUUUUUAAUGUAUAUAUUGCAUGUAUGUGAGACAAGAGGGGUACACGAGCCAAAAUCCUCACCUGCCCCUGCAAACUUCCUGAUCCCGAGGAGCUGUUAAAGAGAACAAAACAAGGUGACAACAGGAUGUCAGGAAGAAUUUCAGGCUUUUCAAAUGCAUUUUGUAGAAAAAAGACAAGACAGGGGUAAGUCCUCCACAUAAGCGAUUUAGUGACUGACUUAGAUUAAUACCAAGAAAGAAAAAUGACAUAAAAAUUAGAAAUACUUACAAAUCAAAGACAUAAGGAGGCUGGGAUUAGGAAAGAAAACAAGAAAUAAUGUUGCCAAUUUUGCUGGAUGUAUAUACAGUGCUAGACAAAGACUAUACUGCAUUCAGUUACUCUCAUAUGUUGCACUCGCAUAGGCUAGGCAUUUAAUAUUAUGGAAUAUGCAGUACACUAUGUACAGGCAGCCUUAGGCUAUUGUUGUGGCUAAAGCACCCACGAGCACCGGUAUAGAGUAUGCUGUCAUGCAGCCCCUAAUAGGUUGGCCAACUGGAUGAAGCUUCUGGCCCUGGUGAGCUCUGAGGGUCAUCAGACACGAAAAGACACCCCUCGUUUGCAAGAGUAACGUGACAUUCUGCCCAGUUUAACACUUACAUAUAAAAACCUAAUACAUAUCUGUGAAAUUUAGCAGAAGGGUUUGUGCCACUGUCUCUGGUAUUCUCUAGCUAGCUAAGAGGAUUUUUUUAUUUUUUUUUGGAAGUGCAUUAAAAAUGUGAAUUGAAUGUACUUUUAAACUGAUACCCAUUCCAAAACAAACAACUUGGCCCGUUGGCUUAUAAAGGCUCGCACAUUUGGUUAUCAGACAUAGCAGUGACAUUGUCUUGACAGUGCUUCUGUUAAUACCAGAACAGCCAUCCAGUCUUUUCAGUUGACCUGACCCUAGAUCACAUGCAUAGGAUGACAAUUUAUAAUUGAACUUUGUUUUAGUGCAAAGUGUUUGGCAGUUAUGCCUUUUUUUUUUUUUUUUUUUGCAAGAGUGUGUCACAUGGAUGUACAAAUAAUGACGUCUCGGCUUACCCCUGCUUGCUUUAAAAACGUAUUUAAUAUGUGCACUGAAUGAGUGGUGUAAUAUUUAAUGAACAAGCUUCAGACACUGCAAAUGUUUGCAACGAUACAUGUCCCCCGUCCCACCCACCCCUUCUGCUUUGCUGCAUAUUAUCACUUCUGAGUCUUUAAUUUGUGCCGUCUGAUUCGUUCAAAACGUUUAUUUAAUUGCAGUGCUUUUGGUCAUACUGUUUCAAUAAAAAAAAUUUAAAACACA